AUGCACCAUGGCAUGGGAGGAUCGGCGGGCGAUCGUCACGGCGCUCAAAAUUCAGCGAUGCAGGCCAGGAAUGGCGUUUGUGACAAAAUCGAAAAUUACAUAUCCGAGUUAGGCCGAUGGGCAGUAUGGAGGGCGAUAAUAAUGGGCCAGUUCCUCUCGCUGGUGCUGUGCUUCAUGACAUUCAUAAAUCAUUACAUAAACACCGGUUCCUACAAGCUCUCGCUCCCAACAGGGCAAAAUGUUCCACACUACGUGAUGAUGUGUUUAGUCUACCCGACGAAUGGCUUAAUUUCCGUCAUACGAGCUCGUGGCUGGAGAUAUUUGUUCUUAGCACUGAUUGACGUUGAGGCGUGCACUCUUAUUACAUCGUCGCAUCAAUAUACCAGUCUCGCUAGUAUACAGCUUCUUGACUGUGUGGCGAUACCGGUCGCGUUGGUACUUUCAUUUCUGGUAUUGGGCGUCAGAUACAGAAUGGUGCACAUCGUCGGCGUAUCCGUCUGCUUGAUGGGCGUGGGAUGCCUGGUUUGGGCUGGUAUAGAUGACAAUAACGAUCCCACUGCUACUGGGAAAAAUCAACUUGUCGGCGAUAUGCUUUGUCUUGGCGGCGCGGUGUUGUUCUCGAUAACGACGGUUCUUCAGGAAUUGGGCGUUAAAACGGUCGAUAUUAUCGAAUACCUCGGCAUGAUUGGUUUUUUCGGUACGAUACUGAGCUGCAUGCAAACCGCCGUACUCCAAAGGUUUCAAAUAGAAGCAUUUCACUGGGACAACGUACCAGUAAUAACGAUCCUGGUUCUCUAUUGCAUCACGCAAUUCAUGUUCUUCUCUUUGGUGCCAGUAAUAUUGUUCGAAUCUGGUGCUACCGCCUUGCAACUAGCGCUGCUCACCUCAGAUUCCUUCAAUAUAUUAGCUGGAAUGCUUAAUCAUCAUUACAAGUUUCACGCUUUGUACUUCGUUUCGUACGCACUCACGAUGACCGGCAUAUACAUUUACGCCAUAAAAAGAACACCAAUGUCGUCGAACUCACGGAGACAGCACAUUGAACCGCCGAUUCCGGAUUAUAGACACAUGUCCCAUCCCGAUGUUGGUGAAGUGGAGAUGGCUACGAGUUCCGGAAUGUCCGGCGUGAGUGGUACUCUCGAUAUAAGGGCAUCCACUCUCGGCAGCGAGAGAGAGACGAUGGACGCAACAAGCCUACCACUUAGCGUCAGUUCCGACACGGCCUUCACCUCUUUCUACGGCAGUCAAGCAAAUCUAAAGGCUGCGAAUGGGAACAGUGGUUCUGCCUGUAAUUAAUAAGCGGAAGAAAACGACUGCCUAGAAUAGAAUACCAUGCGAUUCAUUCAUUCGCGAACUUCUCGACUUCUUGAAACGGAGCCCUUAGAAAGCACGAAAGGAUGUUUGUAUGUCGACAUCAUAAUUACGAACGCUAGCACACAGUCUAAAGACUUCUUUUAGAUAUCUGUGUGAAAUUAUUAUUACACAGUGUUAAUUGUACUUAAUAGAGAAAUGAUAACUGGACCGUCUUUCAAUUGUAAUCCGAUAAUGUGAUUAGACGUUAUUUAGUAAAUAAGUACAAUUUAUUUUUUAUAUUAUAAAUAUAUAAUAUGAAAAAAUACU